UAUUGGGAAUGAGAGUAAACAAUGUUUAUGAUGUGGAUAAUAAGACAUAUCUUAUUCGCCUUCAAAAACCAGACUGCAAGGCCACGCUGCUGCUUGAAUCUGGCAUACGCAUUCACACAACUGAGUUCGAGUGGCCAAAAAACAUGAUGCCAUCUGGCUUUGCAAUGAAGUGCCGUAAGCAUUUAAAGACCAGAAGACUUGUCAGUGUAAACCAGCUGGGCAUAGACAGAAUUGUGGACUUCCAGUUUGGAAGCGAUGAAGCUGCUUAUCACCUGAUCGUCGAGCUGUACGACAGGGGUAACGUUGUCCUGACAGACCACGAAUAUGUCAUUUUAAACAUUCUGAGGUUUCGCACGGAUGAAGCGGAUGACGUCAGGUUUGCGGUUCGGGAACGAUAUCCGAUCGACAGUGCAAAAGCACCUGCACCUCUGCCAACCUUGGAAAGGUUAACUGAAAUAGUAUCAAAUGCACCCAAAGGGGAACAACUGAAGAGGGUUCUUAACCCUCAUCUCCCUUAUGGAGCCACUCUCAUUGAGCAUUGCCUUAUAGAAGCUGGAUUUUCUGGUUAUGUCAAAAUAGAUCAGCAUAUGGAAAGUAAAGAAAAUAUUGAAAAAGUGCUUACUGCUUUAGAGAAAGCAGAAGAAUAUAUGACACUAACUGACAACUUCAGUGGAAAGGGUUAUAUUAUCCAGAAAAGAGAGAAAAAGCCAAGUCUGGAACCAGAUAAACCAGCAGAAGACAUCUACACAUAUGAGGAAUUUCAUCCUUUCUUGUUUUCUCAACAUUCAAAAUGUCCCUACUUGGAAUUUGACUCAUUCAAUAAGGCAGCAGACGAGUUCUACUCCAAGCUGGAGGGACAGAAAAUUGAUCUGAAAGCAUUGCAGCAGGAAAAACAAGCAUUGAAGAAACUUGAAAAUGUCCGUAGGGACCAUGAGCACAGACUGGAAGCUCUUCAGCAAGCUCAGGAAGCUGAUAAGAUGAAAGGAGAACUUAUAGAAAUGAACUUGGAGAUCGUUGACCGGGCCAUCCAGGUGGUCCGUAGCGCGUUAGCCAACCAGAUAGACUGGACGGAGAUUGGAGCCAUCGUUAAAGAAGCUCAGGCACAGGGAGACCCCGUUGCAAGUGCAAUCAAAGAAUUAAAGCUUCAGACAAAUCAUAUCACAAUGCUGCUGAGGAACCCAUAUGUGUUAUCUGAAGAGGAAGAGGAGGAGGAGGAUGCUGAUGUAGAGAAGGAAGAAACAGAAGAACCAAAGGGAAAAAAGAAAAAGAAUAAAAACAAACAGUUGAAGAAACCUCAGAAAAACAAACCAUCGUUAGUUGAUGUUGAUCUCAGUCUGUCUGCGUAUGCCAAUGCCAAAAAGUACUAUGAUCACAAAAGACACGCAGCUAAGAAAACACAGAAGACAGUAGAAGCUGCAGAAAAGGCAUUUAAAUCGGCCGAGAAGAAGACGAAGCAGACCUUGAGGGAAGUUCAGACAGUGACCACCAUUCAGAAAGCGAGGAAGGUCUAUUGGUUUGAAAAGUUCCUGUGGUUCAUUAGUUCUGAGAAUUACCUUAUUAUUGCUGGAAGAGAUCAACAGCAGAAUGAACUGAUCGUAAAGCGAUAUCUUAAACCAGGGGACAUAUACGUGCACGCGGAUCUCCACGGAGCCACGAGCUGUGUGAUCAAGAACCCGUCAGGUGAACCGAUCCCUCCACGAACCCUGACGGAGGCUGGCACCAUGGCCUUGUGUUACAGCGCUGCCUGGGAUGCCCGUGUUGUCACCAGUGCUUGGUGGGUCUCCCACAACCAGGUUUCUAAAACGGCCCCUACAGGAGAAUACCUCACUACUGGAAGCUUCAUGAUCCGAGGGAAAAAGAAUUUUCUUCCACCUUCAUAUCUGAUGAUGGGCUUUAGCUUCUUGUUCAAGGUGGACGAAAGCUGUGUUUGGAGACACCGAGAAGAAAGGAAGAUCAAAGUGCAGGAUGAGGAUCUGGAAACGGUUUCCAGCAGCGCCAGUGAACUGGUGUCCGAAGAAGUGGAGCUGUUAGAAGGAGGAGAUAGCAGCAAUGAAGAGGAAAAAGCAGAGUGUCAGGAAGCACCAGAGGAUGUGGAAGCCACAUCUGAGAGUAAUCGUGACGAGGGCAUCGCUGAUCUUGACCAGGGCAGAGUAAACACACCUCUGGCACCAGAGGGUGACUCCGAAGAGGAUGAUGGAGAGUCUGAAGAUGAAGUGGAACAGCUGGAGUCAAAGAGCGAAGUGAAGGAGGAAGAGGUAAAUUACCCAGAUACAACAAUCGACCUGUCACAUCUUCAGACUCAAAGAUCCCUGCAGAAAAUCAUCCCCAGAGAGGAAGAACCCAACUUGAGUGACAGCAAGUCCCAGGGGCGAAGGCAUCUGUCUGCCAAGGAGAGGAGAGAAAUGAAAAAAAAGAAGCAGCAGAACGACUCUGAGAACUUGGAGCCGCCCGAAGAGAAGCAGAAAGAGACAGAAACACAACCUCCUCCUCCUGCCAAUGCUGCUAAGGGUGCGCCGGCUCCGCAGCCCAUCAAGCGGGGCCAAAAGAGUAAAAUGAAGAAGAUGAAGGAGAAGUACAAGGACCAGGAUGAGGAGGACCGGGAGCUCAUCAUGAAGCUGCUGGGGUCUGCAGGGUCGAACAAGGAGGAGAAAGGGAAAAAAGGGAAAAAGGGCAAGACGAAAGAAGAGCCAGCAAAGAAGCAACAGCAGAAACCCAAGGCCGUGCGUCGUGGCGGGGGCAAGGAGACGCCCGCAGGAGGAAUCCUGCUGCACGAGGCGCAGGACCCAGCCCUGGAGGAGCAGCAGGAGGAGAAGGAGGAGCAAGACCAGGAUCAGCCGGGAGUUGAGGAAGGCGAAGCGCUGCUGGACUCCCUGACGGGCCAGCCCCACCCCGAGGACAUCCUGCUCUUCGCUGUUCCCAUCUGUGCUCCCUACACUGCCAUGACCAACUAUAAGUACAAAGUCAAGCUCACCCCAGGCACCCAGAAGAAGGGAAAAGCUGCAAAGAUCGCCUUGCAUAAUUUUAUGCAAUCCAAAGAAGCCAGUGCAAGGGAAAAAGACCUCUUCCGCAGCGUGAAGGAUACAGAUUUGUCAAGAAAUAUCCCUGGUAAAGUGAAAGUGUCUGCACCUCAUCUCCUGAACAGGAAAAAGAAAUGAUUCUGUAGGGGGGAGGAGUUUCUCAGCGCCGGGCCGCGCAGGCAGGAGCCAGCACCCACAGGUGGGACAGACGGACACACGGCCAGACAGACCUGCCCUGCGCUGGACUGAAGGGAGCUGCCGUGGCAGCGGGUGCCCGCGGAGCAGCUCCUGCCCCGUGGUUUUAGAUGGACUCGAACAACUCGAUGCAAAUCGCGUAAAAACAUGCGAGUAAAGUGCUGGCGGUCGGUCCACGCCGGGAUCUC